AUGAAGAGGGCCGUUUCAGUGACUGAGUUGCUGAAUGGUAAUACGAAGAGGAAAAGUAAGCAGGAAGUUCCUGAAGAGAUAUCCGUAGAUGAAGAAGAUGAAGUUAUAGUUGAAUCCAAUGAAUUCUCAAGAGAAGACACGUCAUCUCCAUUGAGAUACGAAGAGGAGCCUAGUAUGGUUUCCAAGAAGCCCUCUGAAGGUAAGCAAUCAGUACAGGGUUUCUUGAUGAAUAGAAAAUCCAAGAAAGUCCCUGAACCUGAACCUGAACCUGAAGUCAUUUCUCUGGAUAAUGAAGGUGACGAAUAUAUGAUGGCAGAAAAGAAGGUUACCUACCCGUCAAGCUUCAAGAAGACAAGUCUGAAGGAUUUGUUUAGCAAUUUUAAGCAAUCAGAAGUUAAACCUGAGAAAGAAGUUUCUAUUCAGACAAAUGACACACAUGCAUCUAGUGGGCCGUUGCAAAGGUUCCAUGAAAUAUCAAAGUUACAGGAUUUAGAAGCACCACUGCCGUCUCAUCAAUUGGUUCAGUGUGACCCAGAAAUUGAAUAUAAAACAUUAGACUUACCUAGAGCUAAGUCAUUUGCUUACCAUCCACCUCAAAUAGAUCCGAAAGAAUAUGCGUCGUUGCGAAGUCAGCUAGAUCAGCAAACCCCAAGCUAUGCGACUAUGAUGGCGGAAGGGGUCAAGGAUUCUAACCUUUGGCCUCAAUUCAGCAAGCCAGAGACAUUACAACAGGUCAUGUUAGAAACUUCAAUGAAGAAAGCGGUCUAUGAAUGGAUUGAAAAUGCAUUUACUAAGUUGAAAAAUCAUACGAGUAGAUCAAAGUUAUUGAUGAAAAAACAAGUUUUGGAAGGCACUGAUAGAUUAGAUGAUUUUAUUGUGAGAGAUGAUAUAGAAGAAGAGGAAGGACCUAUGAUUGAAUUCGUACCGCUGAUGAUUCUACAUGGUGAUGGGAUUGGUAAAAAUACAUUGAUAGAGGUUAUAAUGCAAAUGGUAGGUGGCCAGAUUUAUGAGAUAAACACGUCGAAUAAUAGAGGUAAAAAGGAUAUUCUAGAUAAUUUGUUAGAAUUUUCUACCUCGCAUUACGUGAAGGGACAAGGUUCAAAGGGUAUAAUCUUACUGGAUGAUGUUGAUGUAAUCUUUAAGGAGCACGAUAAAUUUUUUUGGGGGGCAAUAGAAAAAUUGUUAUGGCAAAGCAGAAGGCCUGUGGUUUUGAUCUGUCGGAAUUUGAGUCUAGUGCCCAAUAAUUUGGUUCAAGUGGCACAACAGGAGCAGUCGAUCUUUCAUGCGAGUAAAGUUUCGGUGAGAACUACAACUAGUUUUUUAAAAAGCUUCUGUAUUAAAAAUGGUAUUGUUCCUAAUGAUGUUAUUUUGAAUCACCUGGCAAAGGUAAAUCGUAGAGAUAUAAGGAAAUCUCUGAUGGCCUUGCAAUUCUAUUGCCAACCCCCAGGAAAAUUCCCUUUAGGACAACUGGAGCGAAAUAAAAACGAUGAUUUAUCCUUUGAUGAUGCAGUGCAUUAUUCAGAUCUUCUUUCUCAUAGUGAUAUAUUAUCCAGUAACUGUCAAUGGAAAUCCGCCAUCUUACAGGAUAAAGAUUUGACACAUUUAUCGUACGAAUCUCGUUCUAUUCUUGAUUCCAUACCAGAUGAUCAAGAAAGACUACGGCACGAUUAUAUGAUUGACAAUAAGAUGCAUCUCGUAGAUGACACCAGGCGUCCACUGUUGCCCUUCGAAUUGAACGUGGGCGGCUAUAUGGAAAAUCAUUUACUUGCAUAUUAUAAGGGUCCCAAUUCAGUCCAAAACUUAAGAGAUAGGAGGUUUAAUACAAUUAAAGAGACCUCUGUUGCAUUUUUAAGUUCCAGAAUUGGGAAGAAAGAAUCCUCCAUAAGCAACAUUACCAGAAAAACAAGAAAUUCAAAAAAACUUCGUCAAAUUCUAGAAGGGUUUCAAGGAAAUUAUCCUAAAAGUGCAAUUGAUGAUUCGAUAAACUUCAAUUUCAAAACAACCAGUGGGAAUCGACUGGGCGAACUUGUCAAUCCUUAUGUGUUGAAGUUUGCACAAUCAGAUUGGAAUAAGAGGCAGAUCAACAAACGUUUAUUUAAACAAGCGAUAAACGGUUUUUCGGAAGGUGAAUAUUUUAAUGCCGUAGCUCAAUUGUCACAAGAUGGGUUGUUCAAAAAUCCUUAUUUCGAAGCCGACCCUAAGCUUGUCAUAGAUAGUUGGGAAUAG